AUGGCACCGCUGGCACCCGACCGCCCGAAAAGGCCGGUCGCGAGCAAGCCCUGGUCAGUACCCACGUUCGCAUCAUACCAACGACAAAAACGCGUCGACAAGCCCGAACCCCGCGCAGCUCCAGAAGCCGCUUUGCCACCCAGCCCGACUUCGUCGGUGAACAGUUCAACAACCCGCAGCAGCGUAUCAGAAAAGAUCCCACCCGCCGAACGCCCUCGAAAACGGCCGAGGCUGGAAGCGAGCUGGAUGAAGCCGUCUCUACCGCGGCUUCCGCCUCCCAAGCCACGAGAUGCCCCGCCGCGCAACCGAAAUGCGAACGACCAAGGCAUGCCCCCGCGAAGUGGUGGACGGCGCGGAACGGAGAUCCUGACCGGGAAGGACCUCGCCGCGCAGCUUGCUGCCAUCACCGGCGGCGACAACACCGCACACACUCCGCCGCGUAGAGAAAAGCGCCAUGUCGAAGAGACGAAAGCCGUGCCUAUUUCGCGCCCGAAGCCUCCUCCGCGGAUGCCGGCUUGGAUGACGCCGGCCCGCAUCGGUUCGCUGCCGCCGCCGCCAGCGAUGGAACAGAGCGCCCCAUCUACGCACAAGAUGGUCACUAGGCAACGAGCGGCUCGCGGCGCUGGGGCCUCUCGCGCGCGCGACUCACCUACUCCCGGGCCGACUGCGGAGGAUGAAGAGGACGACGAUGGCCUCAGCAUCGCGUAUUGGAAGGCACAGAUAGAAAAAGUUCCGGAUGGGGGAAGCGUGGGCGACGACACUCAAGCGGGCUGGGAUCAGGGACGCACGGGUUUUAAUGGGCCGGAGGAGCCGGAGCACAUUAAUGCGGCAUUUGAGGAAUGCUUUCUGCUGGACCCGACUCUGGCAGUCGAGGAAUCACAGGAGGAGGAUGAAGAUCUUGUUUUCGUGGGUGAUCAAGACUUUGCUUUCUUGGAGGAUGAAGAUCUUGCUUUCUUAGAGGAUGAGGAUUUCUGA